AUGAGCAUGAACGGGCAGCCAAUGGCUUACGCUGGACCCCCUUUUGGGCAACCGCAAGGCUACAUGCCCGUGGCAGCUGCUGGGGAUGAGUAUGGGCCGCCACAGCCAAGCUACAUGGGGCCACCUGAAGGCCAGCUCAGUCCAGGCAUGGAAGGUAGCCCGAGUUCUUCGUAUGGCGGAAGUCCUGAUGGCUCGUAUGGAGAGAUGGGCUCAGGCACACAUGCUCAAUACGCUGACAUGAGCGACAUGGAUUACCAGCAGUUUACGGAGGGUGCCGGCAAGACUGGAGCUUCGGGGAGUCCGAAGGACAGUCUCCAGAGAAUUGAUCCAGAUUCUGGAGUUGGCCCCAGAAGAUGUACCGAUCUUGUUUGUGUGAUGCUUUUUGUCCUUUACAUGGUGGCUAUGCUGAUCUUCCUAACGGUGGUCAAGAAUGGAAGUGUUGAUGGGCGUGCCUAUUCGGACGUUCGACGGCUGACGCACGGGAUGGACUUUGAGGCCCGCCUUUGUGGAGUUGACGACGGUGUGGAGGAGAAGCCCUUUGUUUUCUGGUGUCGAGACAAUCCAUCAGAGAAGGAGUUCAACACCGUUCCAUCGAAGUUGAACCUUCAUCACCCGGUUUGCAUUUCAGAAUGUCCCAAGCUCUCGCAGGGCUCGCAGCUUGGACCCAACCAGGUCGAGUGCUUGAUGCGUGCACAAGGAAAUGGACCACCACCAGACUACGCAAUCCAGCCUGUGCCGAACAUCCCAGGUGGUCAACUUGGCAGCGUGCAGAACUACUUCUUGAUGUUCCGUGAGGAGACAGUGUAUGCCACAACUUACGACUCGGAGCUUCUGGCUGGGCGGUACUGUGUGCCUACGAACGAAGCGCUCAAGGCUGAAGUGCUUGGAGGGCCCCUGAACCUGGGUGAGCGCUUGCAGAAGGGCGUGGGCAGCUUUCAGGACUGCUGGACGGUGAUGUUUUUCACGGUCCUUGCAACGGUGGCUCUUAGUUUCCUCUACGUUUGGGUUGUCGUGUCGUUGAAGGAUGCAGGGGUCAACAUUGUCAGCUUCGUCUUGGUACUGAUGCACAUUUUCCUUUUGUUGGUAAGCAUCUUUUGCUUCUUGGCCGUAUCCUAUGGAAGACCCAUCUUCGGUACAGAGCAGUACAUGGACUACAACCUCUUUUUCCGGCGUUCUUCGCCCGAUCAGGCGAAAGUGGAAUCGAUGAUUUGUGGCGCCGUUUUUCUGUUAAUGUCGUUCAACGCCUGUACAUUCUACACCAAUGUGAAUCAUGACACAGAGGAGAUGCACGAGCUGACGGAGGCAGCUUAUGCAGCGCUGCUGAAGCUGCGCUCCCUCUUUUGGAUCCCCCCCCUCCUAGCCAUCGCCAAGUUCUUUACGAUGUGGAUGGUGUGCUACAACUUCAUGACCUUGUGUUCUGUCGGAAUUUUCGAUGACUACCGGAUCAUCGUGGAGGGGGAGCCCUAUGCAGGCAUGAGCAAGCAUUUCUAUUUUGACCCGUGGAUGUGGUUGGGCAUUGCGAUAUACCUGCUGGGCUGUCUCUGGAUUCUGGAGAUCUGGACGUCCUUGGGGCAGUUUGUGAUCUCGUGGUGCUCAGUGAUUUUCUAUUUUACCGAGAAAGAUGACGAAGAGAAGGUGGCUAUCCCGGUUGCAGCUUGGAAAGCGCUGUGGAUUGCAGCCCGGUACCACACAGGCAGCAUCAUGCUUGGCGCGUUUGGAAUUUGGUUCUUCCGAAUUUUCCGCAUGGCAGCGUGGAUUUGGUCUGAAAGUCUUCCACACAAGAGCUCCAAAUGCGGCAGCUUCGUCCCCCUCAGCCUCUUGAAUCCCGUUAUCCAGGCUAUUGGCAAAUGCUUUGAUAGCUGCCUCGGCGACAAAGAGAAAAGGGGCAGUCAAGCCGGAAGCUGGCAGGAGGGAGACUCCAUCUAUCAGCAGUAUUCCAAGGACGCCUACCAAGAUGUUACGAUUCGAUCGCAGCACUUUUGGCAGGCCAAGGAGAAAGCUCAGAAAUACAUCAGUUCCCAACCGCAGGUUAAGAAGUACACGGGCAAAUGCCGACCGAGCACCUUCAUUGGAGUUAUGGCUAUUGCUAUUGCUGGCUUCCUCAUCUCUUACAUCAUUAUGAAUCAUUCAGGUGUCAACGAUCCAGCAAAGUCCAAUUUCAUUCAGGAUCCCCUUAUGGUGUCCGCCGUGGCCUUCUUCCUGUGUGGCUCAAUUGCGUACGAUUUCUGCGCUCUGUAUGACCAUCUGGCAGACUCGCUUCUCUAUUGCUUUGCGUACAACCGCAAAGUGAACAAGAAAACCAUUGACAAGUUCGUGCCAGAAGAGAUCCAAGAAAUGAUUGGCAAGGAAGUGAUCGAGUCCUCCAAGAAGCCCUCCUAUGGCUACCAUGGCAGGGCAAGGCCUGAGAUGUUCGUGUCCACGUGGCUGAAACAGGGCCAGCACACUUUCGGUGGCUGGUCGCUGAGUGGAGGUGAACACGGUGAACACCACCAGGUGAGCGAUGCUGUGCAAUAG